AUGUCCGACACCACCCCCUCCAUCUUCUCCCUCCCCGCAGAGGUCAUCGAACACAUCUUCAUCGCCGCAUCAUCCAACGCCUCCGCACGCAGCAUCGCCGCCCUCGCAGAGACAUGCAAAGCCUUCCACGCCAUCAUCUACCACGCACCCGACCACCACCUCUGGCGCGGCAUCUUCCUCGCCGCAUUCGACGACCCGCGCCCCGCCCUCCGGCACACCGCCGUCCUCCACCGCGGCGCGCGGCACGACGACCCGCACGGCACCCUCCAGGCCGUCGAGGACGCGUACGACUGGGCACGCGAGUACCAGCGCCGCGUCAAGGCAAAAAGUGUGCUCGCGAGGGCGGCAAAGCGCCGCACGGACGUGAAGGACCUCCCGCUGCGCGUGAUGCGGCACCGCGCGGGCGCCGUCACGGACGAGGUGCGGGCCCACUUAGCCGGGGGCGCGACGCCCGCGGAGGCGCACGACGUGCUCGAUGCGCUCCGCGCGCUGCUCGCGGCGCUCGAGACGGCCACGCCGUUCCCGCGCUUUCCGAGCAUCAAGUUCGAGGUGCAGGGUCUGCUCGCGGACGACGAGGACGAGGCGUCGCUCGCGCGCGCCCCGCCGUUUCCGCCGCUCCUUUUGCUGCUGUGCAGCGACGAGUUCCCGGAGAGUAUGCAGUGCCGGAACGCGGACUGGGUCGAGAGCAUUCUCUUUGGUGGCGACGGCGGAGGAGGUGGGGUAGGGUUUCCGCCGCAGCUCGUGCGCACGCUGCUCGCGAACAAGGAGCUGCACGUCGAAGGCUGCGCGGACUUUACACCCAACCUCGAGCAGCCCACCUACUGGACCGGGCCGGCGCACGACCUCGGCCAGGCGUUUCACAAGCUGCUGUGCUGCACGGGCUUCAUCCCGAUUCGCCAGCCGGAGUCGCCCAAGCCUGCGUCAAAGGCUGAGGAUGCGCCAAAGGAUGCCGCUGUCGAUGAACCGGCGCAUAUAAUCACGGGAGCUACAGAAUCCACUGGCCAGACCGAAGACUCCACCACCGCUCCCACCGAAGAGACCGACGCAUCCUCUUCCUCCUCGCCCGCUCCGGGCAUCACAAUGGAAGAACCCACCCCCGUCGCCGACGACGACGGCGGCGACGGCGACGAAGAAACCGGGAGCGGGGGCGUGUACGGCCUCUCGAUCCUGCACGCGCUCGAAUACACGUCCUCGCACUCGCUCAAGCAGCGCUUCCCCUCCGCCGAGAAACAGCACACCGAGGCGCGCUCGCUCGCGCGCCGCAGGGUGUACGAUAUGCGGUAUCUGCACCCUGCGAGGCAGUGGGGGCCGUAUUUGCCUGUAAAGCGCGCGCCGAGGGCUUCUUCUUCUGCCGCUGGGAAGGGCAAGGCGCGGGACAGUGCGGAUGGGGAUGGCACGGAAUCGAGCGACGGGGAAUAUGUGCCUCCACCGGCCACGACGCAUCAAGCCUUCGCCGAGGAAGACAACGACGCUCUCACGGAGGAAAACUCAGACGACGACCCAGACCCCGACGAAGCCGAAACAGAAUCCGACAACGACGCGGACAACGAAGGCCUACACGCCCUGCCCCUCGCACACAACCUCCGCCCGCUGCGCCCGCCCAUCCAGCCGUACGAGCUCGCGCCGGACUGGGUGUGGCUCGCGAGCGCGCGCAUCGUCGUCGAGGCGAACCUGGGCGAGAUGUACCAGCGCAGCGCGGCGCCGGACCGGCUCGCGCUGGGCGAUAUUUUGCAUGCGCUGAGGCGGGCGCAGGCGACAAGGGUUGGGUCGAGUCCGGGGUUUUGGAACGAGUGGGCGAGGCAGCGGGGGGAGGGGGAUGCGAAGGGCAAGGCGAAGGGGAGGGAGACGGCACAGGAGGGAGAGGCGUCGACCAGCAGGGCUGCGAACGGGAGAACGUCGGUUCCUACGCCAAAGUUGACUGGGGACCCGGAAGAUCUGGAAGAGUGCGAGGGCUGGGACUGGGCUGGGAUCGAGGGCAUCUGGAGACGCUGCAUCUGCUGGCUCGACUACCGCGACCUCCUCCUCCACAACGUCUCCUCCCAACGCUUCCUCGAUGAAUCCACGCGCGAAGCCUGCCGCAUGGUCCCCAUGACCGCGCGCAUUACAAAAUACACCCGCGCCCCACAGCCGCCCACCACCAACGACGGCGACACCGCAUUCGAAUACCCGCCCAUCAUCCACAUCGAGGGCGAAUCCAUCGGCUCAGACCGCGACCCCCGCGCGCCGCGCAGAAACUGGGGCAAAGUCAUGAUGCUCGCGGACGGCUCCAUCCGGUGGCACAUGGUGCGUUCCGUCGUCCUCCCUUUCUGCCCCGUCUUUUACCCCGUCUCUUUCCCCCUCGUCUCGCAUCGCCUCGCAUUUCUGCGUUUCCUCUCUAUCAAAGUACGCGCUCGAGCUGACAUAAAGGUCGACCUCGUCAUACAGGAAACACGCACGCCGGGCUCAGACGACCCAGAGUGGUCCUCCGAGGCGAUCCAGAUCGGCGGUCCCGGCGCCGCGUCCGGGUGGCUCGGGUGCUGGACGGGCGCGCAGCACGAGAGGCCGGACCCGUUAGGUCCGUUCUGGGCAUGGAAGGUUGGUUAAAUUCUGAACGUUUCUCGACUAUGCUGCACAAUUGGGAGGCGCAACUAUUGGAUGAAGUGCAACAUUGCAUGCUUGGAAGGACUGCCGUAGAUCAUUAGUGUAUGUUGCGGACUUUGAAGAUAGGCAUUACUGUGGAACAAAUGUAUUCGCUG